UUAGUAGAAACGAUUAUUAGGACAAAAGCUGCGCCUGCCUGCGGAGUCAAAACAGAUAGAUCCCAUCCGUCGACGACGACGAACAAAUAGAAGUGAACGACAGAAAAAAAAGAAAUCCCACGUCAAUCGCCAUUUCUUCUCCUCCUCCCCCGCUUCCUUGAUUCGCUAGUUCAUUCAAGGAUCGGAGUCUUGGCCUCAGCAAUUCCCUCGUCGAACCCUAGAAGCCUCCUAAUUUUUUAAUCGUGGAUCCCUCUUCGUCAACGGACGCUAUUGAGAGGGGGCCGGAGAAGGCGCGCUCCGGUCUGGGCUCCAGCUUCCGCUACCUCAGCGGCGUCGCCGGUGGCUUGUGGGACAAGUGGAUGGUAAUGGGGGCCACCGGCUCCAAGCUCGAGAAGGCCCUCGGUGAUCAGUUCCCGGAAGGCGAACGCUACUUCGGCCUUGAGAACUUUGGAAACACUUGCUAUUGCAACAGCGUAUUGCAGGCUCUUUAUUUUUGCAUUCCCUUUCGAGAACAAUUAUUAGAUUAUUAUACAAAUAACAAGAAUAAUGGAGAUGCUGAGGAGAAUCUUCUAACUUGUUUGGCAGAUCUUUUUACUCAGAUUAGUUCUCAAAAGAAAAAAACUGGUGUUAUUGCUCCAAAGCGCUUUGUGCAAAGAGUGAAGAAACAGAAUGAGUACUUCCGCAGUUACAUGCACCAGGAUGCUCAUGAGUUUUUGAAUUUCUUGCUGAAUGAGCUUGUUGAUAUUCUUGAAAAAGAGUCCAGUGCUGGGAAGAGUUCCAAGGAAACUUCGCCGUCUGGCAAUGUUGCCAAUGGGCCAAGCCAUUCUGUAGGGAACGGUGCACUUAAAGAACCACUCAGUACAUGGGUUCACAAGAAUUUUCAGGGAAUAUUGACUAAUGAAACACGGUGCUUACUUUGUGAAACUGUCACUGCAAGGGAUGAGACAUUUUUUGACUUGAGCCUUGAUAUUGAGCAGAAUAGUUCAAUAACCAGCUGCCUCAAGAACUUUAGUUCGACAGAGACUUUAAAUGCUGAGGACAAGUUUUUCUGUGACAAGUGUUGCAGUUUACAGGAAGCCCAGAAGAGAAUGAAGAUCAAGAAGCCACCACAUAUCCUUGUCAUACACCUCAAGCGCUUCAAGUACAUGGAACAGCUUGGACGAUACAAGAAGCUGUGCUAUCGGGUUGUGUUCCCUAUGGAGCUGAAACUUAGUAACACAGUUGAAGAUGCCGACUCAGAGUAUUCGCUAUUUGCUGUUGUGAUCCAUGUAGGGAGCGGUCCAAACCAUGGUCACUAUGUCAGCCUUGUCAAAACCCACAACCACUGGUUGUUAUUUGACGAUGAAAAUGUGGAGAUGAUUGAUGAAUCCACCGUGCAGACAUUCUAUGGAUCUUCUCAAGAGUAUUCAGGCAACACUGAUCACGGCUACAUAUUAUUUUACGAGUCUCGAGGGGAGUUCAGAUAGAAAGUUUGAUAAUUAUAUCAAAUUUGUUCUCUACUGGCCAUUUUUAUGUAACAAAUCAGAAGCUCUUGAGAGAUGCCAAAUUUGGUUAUUGCAAUGUACAGUGGACGGUGGAAAGGCACUGUCCAUUUCUUUUACAAUAAGGUAGAAAUUAAUGGGCCAAGUGUGAUGUAAGAGUUUUAGGAAAUAAAUUACGUCGAUCCAGCUCAACAUA